CCCCAGACGGCUAUAGAUCAGAUGACCAGCAAGCUCUGUUUUCCAAUGCUUUCUGCAUUCCUGGCUGCCAGCUUCAGCUGCUAAAGGGGCUGCUGCCACCUUCUGCCAUCUACACAGCUCAGGAAAAGAAAGGGACCUCAAACCUUCCAGAUCCCUUCCUCUCCUAGGAAACUAUUGAGCACAGGAAUAAAGAUGACUGCUAUACCAGUAGAUGAUUGCAUCAACUUUGUGGGAAUGAAAUUUAUUGACAAUACACUUUACUUUGUAGCUGACAGUGAUGAAAACCUGGAAACAGAUUACUUUGGCAAGCUUGAACAUAAACUCUCAAUCUUACGAAACUUGAACGACCAAGUUCUCUUCAUUAACCAGGGAGAUCAACCUGUGUUUGAGGAUAUGCCUGAUUCUGACUGUACAGAUAAUGCACCCCGGACUGAAUUUAUCAUAUAUAUGUAUAAAGAUAGCCUCACUAGAGGUCUGGCAGUAACCAUCUCUGUGAAUUAUAAGACCAUGUCUACUCUCUCCUGUGAGAACAAAAUUAUUUCCUUUAAGGAAAUGAGUCCUCCUGAGAGUAUCAAUGAUGAAGGAAAUGACAUCAUAUUCUUUCAGAGAAGUGUUCCAGGACAUGAUGAUAAGAUACAAUUUGAGUCUUCAUUGUACAAGGGGUACUUUCUAGCUUGUGAAAAAGAGAAAGAUCUUUUCAAACUCAUUUUGAAAAAAAAGGAUGAAAAUGGGGAUAAGUCCAUAAUGUUCACUGUUCAAAACAAGAAUUAGAUAUUAAAAUUGCAUAAUUUGAA